AUGAUCCGACUCCUAAUCCUGCUGGCGUUUCUCACCGGGCUGGAAGGUAAGCACGCUUGGCAGCCAUUUUUAAUCUUCCCACAGGAGAACCCAAAUGACUGCGAUUCGACCUGAGAGGGGACUUGGCGUUUGGUGAUUCACAACUAUAGUAACAACAAUGAAAGAUGGCAGAUCUGUCUGAUUUAAAGAGUGUUUCUGUCUUUGGAAGAUUUCAUCAAUCUGAGAAACUGUCUUUAAGUGGUUUUCCUCUCUCAGGACUGACAUCCUUUUUUCUCAGAGAGUCUUGUGGCAGAUCUGUUUGAACGUUAACCCUGAUGACCUUUUUUCUUUCUUCUCUGCUGGGUUUAGCUGACAGGACAGAACACAACAGCGACAAAUUUGAAGUUAACACCUUCGCUCCUUUUUCUUACUUCGGAUCACCAAAAACAAAAGUCUAUGUGAGUAAGACCUGAGUAUCUGUCUUUGUUUUUGGGGGGGGGUUCACGACACGUCAGUGUGUGUUUUUGGACGAUACUUUACGCCAGAGUAAAGAUCCCUGCACACCGGGAACGACGCAAAUAUAUGAUGCGACAUUACGAAAUAUUCAGAGGUGAAUUUUGACGCGCCUGACUUUACACAUCAAGCGCGAUGCGAUUUUGUGACUUUCCGGGGGUAAAAAAGACGCGUCCCGGGUCUUCAGGUGUUAGACUGAUCCAACAGCAGACUGAGUGUUUUCAGUUCUGAUGUCUGUCUGUCAUGAUAGCAUGGACUGAGUCGGGUCAGAACCAGAUAAGAACAUUAAACUAUAAUCCAUAAACGUAAGGGAACAACGAGACCUGAUGGUGCUGAGACUGAGUUUACAGUGAAAAUACAGAUGGUCUGUUGUAUCUGAACAGGUUAGCUUAGAGCUAAAGUUACGGUGGACAGAUGAAAGUUCAAAGACGUUUAUCAAACUGUUAAAGCUCACAAACCAUCGUCUCCACAAGUCGUCCUUCAGGUCGUUAUCUUUGUAAUGUUUGUGUCUUUGAUCAAAAAUCACUCUGUUCUCCGACAUGGAAACAAUCAGCCGGUCGGCCAUGUUGGAUAUACCGCUGAAUCUGUCAUUGAAACAACAUGAAAUCUGAUUGGUCAGAAGUGGACACACAGUAUGGGAAACUUUAGAAAAAUCGACCGCGAAACGAAAAAAUUAAUACCGCAAUAUCGCAGGACGGGAAAACGUCGCUGAUGUGAACGCUUGUGUUGACAGGGUUAAAAAAAAUAUUGACGUCUGAAAUUAUCGCAGGAAAUAACGGUCCCGGUGUGAAAGGACCUUGAAGUCGGCCAUCUCCUCUGUGCACUGUCAGGGAUUCAGGUGUUUGUUGGGCAGGUUUGGGGGCGGGGCUAUCAGAAACGAUCGCAGCUCUGCGGGCGACUUUCAGUGUGUUAAAUUCGGCCCCUCUGAAAUCUUCAGCAAAGCUUCAUCUCACAGUUGAGGUGUUAUAAAAGGAUUCUUUCAGAGCUUCCCCUCUUGUAGAAUUUUGGACACCACCUCCACCACCUGAGGAUGACGAGCGUUUUAAGAAUAUGUGAGCGGAUCUCUGCAUGAAAUGGCGAUUAAGGUAAAGAUGACACCUCUCUAUGUCACAUCUGACCUUAAUUGAAUAAGUUGUGCUGCAACAGCCAAUCAGCAUGGAGAUCUCCUAGUCCCACAUGUCAAACACAGCAGAGGGUCUUUUGUGAGGAAAGUGGAAGGUGAUCUGAUGCUGAGUCUUUACCACGGAGACAGAAAUGAAAAGGAGCUCUCUGGGAGGAAAGUCAGAUUCAGUUUACUCAACCAUGUUUGACGGAAACAGACUGACGCCCCUCCUCCUCUGCCAGUGUGAUCAGCACAGGGCUAUGUACUGAUUUAUCACACACAUCAGGCAGAGGACGGCUCAGGUGGAGUACCUGUCUCCUUUUACUCAGUCCUCUGUGUCCCUUGGAUGUCUUUGAGGUGAUUAAACCCCCUCAGCUCAGGCAAAAAAAUUUAGAAAAGUAAAGAAAAUUUCCACAUGGAGAAGAAAAAAGACUCCAGUGAAGCCCGUGGCGGCCUUUUGUGAUAUACUUUUCCUGUGAUUAAAACAGUGUCCAACCAAAGAUAGAGAUGAUUGAAGGAAUAUAGAGAAAACAAAAACAGGGGCCUGAUUUCUACUUCUUGCUUUUUGGGAAACUGAACCAUUUUAAAAUGAUAAGAGGAAUAAAGGUAAAGAUUAAAGGUGAAAAAGGGCCAAAGGGGCUCUGGUUUUGGUUUACUGGAUUCAGACGGUAAGCAGGUUUUUCUCCAUCUGGGUUCAGAACAGAAAACUCAAAUAUGGGUUAUUUUGUCAUCUGAGGACACCCUGACCAACAGGCCCCAGAUUCAUCACAUUAAUAAAAUGCUACUUUCAUGUCAUCUGUGAUAAAUCUGUCUGACUGAACUAAUGCUGAGGACCGUCUCUGGUCUCCAGAAGUCUGUGAAAAGUUUGGGUGCUGAAAUGACGGGGAAAGUUCAAUUCUGUGUAACCUCGUCUCUCUGGUAUCAUCAGGUAACCCUCACCAACACAGAGAGUGUCAUUUGUUUUGAUGAGUACUACCAAGAAAAGGACAAGCAGGACUGCAUCUUCCUCAGAUCAAAAGCAACCAAGCCCUCUUUUACCAAAGCUUUCCUCUCUGAUGGGUCGACUGCAGCUUUGAAGAACAGCUAUUUCUCAACCUUUCCUGAUAUCACUGGAGUAACAGAGAUUAUAUUCUCUUUGGGGACUAAGGAGGUGAGUGUCUCUCUGAUCAUUAACAGUCUGAGGAUUGAAAGCAAAGACUUCACGAAGCUGUCUGUUUAUCUUUUCAGGCUAAAAUCUCUUUAUUCAGCGCCGGGACUUUUGGGGGUGUAGUGAUAAGUGUACACAAAGACCUGACAGUGGUAAGUUCAUGAAAUAUGGAUUAUUUGUCCAGCUCAGGCUCAGCUGUGUCAUUUUCUGUAUUAGACAUAGAGUGCUUACACAGCAGACAGGGACUGAUUUUUAUGGUAUCCAUGACCUUACAUCAUUCAGAGAGACGUCUUCCAGUCAGGAGUCUGUUUUCUUUUUAAAACUCUUGUUAGUAUGAUUUACCAUCUGAUGAUUGAUUUAAAGGGCUGGUUUGCUGCUUCUUCACAUUUACAACAAAAACUGCAAAGUCACAAAUGUUGCUGUUCAUACUACGUGAAUGCACAGUUUCUAAUCACAAGGUAAAUAUAUUUUGUAAUUAUCUGAGAAAACAGAUGUAAACUGAUCAAAUCUCGGACAAACGGCCGUAGUUUAUGUGUGAGAUUUACACUAAAAUUGGGAGGUAAGAAUUAUCAACUCUCCUUAGUAGUUCAUCUGAGCUUGAGCAGAGCAGAGCGUGACUCCAAUAGCAUGUGAGGGGACACCCACAGCAGAGCAGGGUAACCACAGACAUUAUAUACAAAUAUAUAUAUAUAUAUAUAUAUAUAUAUAUAUAUAUAUAUAUAUAUAUAUAUAUAUAUACACACACACACACAAAUAUAUACACUCACCGGCCACUUUAUUAGGUACACCUGUCCAACUGCUCGUUAACACUUAAUUUCUAAUCAGCCAAUCACAUGGCGGCAACUUAGUGCAUUUAGGCAUGUAGACAUGGUCAAGACAAUCUCCUGCAGUUCAAACCGAGCAUCAGUAUGGGGAAGAAAGGUGAUUUGAGUGACUUUGAACGUGGCAUGGUUGUUGGUGCCAGAAGGGCUGGUCUGAGUAUUUCAGAAACUGCUGAUCUACUGGGAUUUUCACGCACAACCAUCUCUAGGGUUUACAGAGAAUGGUCCGAAAAAGAAAAAAUAUCCAGUGAGCGGCAGUUCUGUGGGCGGAAAUGCCUUGUUGAUGCCAGAGGUCAGAGGAGAAUGGCCAGACUGGUUCGAGCUGAUAGAAAGGCAACAGUGACUCAAAUAACCACCCGUUACAACCAAGGUAGGCAGAAGAGCAUCUCUGAACGCACAGUACGUCGAACUUUGAGGCAGAUGGGCUACAGCAGCAGAAGACCACGCCGGGUGCCACUCCUUUCAGCUAAGAACAGGAAACUGAGGCUACAAUUUGCACAAGCUCAUCGAAAUUGGACAAUAGAAGAUUGGAAAAACGUUGCCUGGUCUGAUGAGUCUCGAUUUCUGCUGCGACAUUCGGAUGGUAGGGUCAGAAUUUGGCGUCAACAACAUGAAAGCAUGGAUCCAUCCUGCCUUGUAUCAACGGUUCAGGCUGGUGGUGGUGGUGUCAUGGUGUGGGGAAUAUUUUCUUGGCACUCUUUGGGCCCCUUGGUACCAAUUGAGCAUCGUUGCAACGCCACAGCCUACCUGAGUAUUGUUGCUGACCAUGUCCAUCCCUUUAUGACCACAAUGUACCCAACUUCUGAUGGCUACUUUCAGCAGGAUAAUGCGCCAUGUCAUAAAGCUGGAAUCAUCUCAGACUGGUUUCUUGAACAUGACAAUGAGUUCACUGUACUCAAAUGGCCUCCACAGUCACCAGAUCUCAAUCCAAUAGAGCAUCUUUGGGAUGUGGUGGAAUGGGAGAUUCGCAUCAUGGAUGUGCAGCCGACAAAUCUGCGGCAACUGUGUGAUGCCAUCAUGUCAAUAUGGACCAAGCUCUCUGAGGAAUGCUUCCAGCACCUUGUUGAAUCUAUGCCACGAAGAAUUGAGGCAGUUCUGAAGGCAAAAGGGGGUCCAACCCGUUACUAGCAUGGUGUACCUAAUAAAGUGGCCGGUGAGUGUAUAUAUGUAUAUAUACAUACACAUGUAGGAGUAAAGCCGCUCCACUGCUCCACCAAUCAACCACAAUAGAGGGGGUGGGGUCAAAACAAUGAACUGUGCUCUCAGUCAGCUUCCAGAAAGCCUCUGGAGAGGUGACCAAUGAGAAGAAAGUGUGAUCUUAAAGAGACAGCAGCUACAGCGACGCCUUUCAGACGGAGGCUGAAUUAAAGAUAUUUUAAAACACCAGAGUGAGAACCAGGAGGCUGUUUUUGAUCAGAAAAUCAUGUAGAGAUAUUAAAGAGGAAAUAAAGAGUGAAAAAAAUGCAUGUAGCUGGCUGGCCCAUGAGUAAUUGAUGCUUAUUAUCAUGAAUAUCAUCCGUGUUAAACAGCAACCUUCUGCUAAAUGAUAAUGGAGUUGUCAUAGUAACAGGCUGAAAAUCUCCAGUUUACAGGGUCACUAAUUGUAUGAUAACAUUACCCACACAGUACUGAACAUUGUACAGUAAAAAUAGACACCACCACAGACAUGGACACUUCCAAAGAACUCGUCUACACAGCCGUAUUUAACCUUAAUGUAAACCGUGAGACCCGCUCUCUCUCCUUAUCAUCUCUUUGUUAUUCUGUGUAGCUGCUGACCAAUCAGGGAACUAUAAAUCUAAUGACCACAGUUAGUUAGAAUACCUGGGUUUUUACGACUCGUGACCUGUGACCAGGGUCAGGCGUCGUUAGAAGCUGGUUCCUCGUUUCGAUUAAAAACAUGCACGGUUAAAAUGAGGGCGCUGAUCAGACUUUUUUUUGGAUGAAAUGUCUGAACUUCUCCAGGGAUUUUUUCAUGAUAUGAGUUUCUCACAGGGCUAUUUUCAACCAAUGUAUGAAUAUCAAUCUUUGUUAUCAAGUUGUUUGUCAACGAAAAGGUACACAGGCUAACCUCAGUUGGAUAUUUAAGUUGACCCAAUGUAUACAGUACAAUUCUUUGCUGCCUCAAUGUUAGCAGAAGACAGGUGUCAUUUAUUGUUUUACUUAUCUGAUUCUGACUGGUUGGAGGAGGAUCGGUGCAGCCCGUCAAACACGGGGCGCUCGGGUAUUUCUACUCCAUGAAUUUGGAGCUGUUCAAUCAAGUUGGUCGUGCACCCUCCUGAGAUGACGGCUCAUUCUCCCUGCUAAAGUUUAGCCAAACUUUGAAUUGCUGCCGCUGUGGGUCACUUCUUUGUUGGUGUUUGGCGGCGGAAUCAAAAUCUAAAAAUUUCAACGUUCCAGGAGAAUCGGAAUGUUAGUCCCGGUUUCCAUCGUUGCUCUAGACUUGAUGCCCAACCCUGCCUGGGACACUGUAAAAAUACAUGGUAAGAGUGUACAAGUCAUCUCCCCAUGUACUUUUUAAUCUGGGACCAAUCAGAGAGCUUGUUUCAUGGCUCUCUGAUUGGUUAAGAUGUAAGUCAUGAAAGAUAAAAUAUAAAAAUAAAAGAUACUAAGGCCGAUGCAGAGACUUUAAAAUCAGGGUAACGUGGGCUCUCUUUCUGGUCUCGGUCAGCUCUAGUGGAAGUUGAUGUCGGGCCUCCUGAUGAUGUUUCCAGAAGGUAGCACAUACAGUAUGUAAUAUUAAAGCUAGGGAAACACCAUAGUUUACACUACACAGUUUUGAUGAGCAUUCCCUAGACUCACACAAACUCUGCACGGUAAGAUAUGAACUGGUUAAAACCAGUUGGUAGAACGACUGUCUCCGAUGGUAAUCCUAACGUUGCUCUGUUUGUCAUGGUCCAGGACUAUGAAUUUAAAGGAAACGGUCUAAGAGUAUAUGCUGGCAGAACCAGUUCAAAGAAAGUCUUAGGGCUGAGUGUCAGCUCAUGCAGAUACUCAAGUAAGUAAUUUUUAAAAUUUCCACAUAUCCUCUUUUUUUUGCUGUGAUGAGUGAGCGAUGGCAUUUUAAUCUUUCAAACGCUUUCUUUCACACAGAUGGAAACGUUAUGUUCUUCGAAAGAAGUGAAAAAAUUGCGGACAAGUGUGAGACAAGAACCUGUAAACUCACUCAAGACCUAACUACAAAUGCCCUAAAAGUCGACGUCGUCAUGAAAAGUGACUGUAGCGUAAAUCAGAUCUGCUUGAAACAGUAAGUCAGUGUGAUUGAUAUUUAAAUGACAAAGCCAUGAUGAACAUGCAGACUUUAGAUCUGAUCGUUUUAUCCCCACAGAGGGCACCACCAUAAACCAUCCAUUCAGAGAGCCUCCACUCUUUUAACAGGUGCAGCGUACAGGGAAGAUUUUUUAGCUCAGUAAGCUAGCUUUUAAUUAGCAGGGGCCAGGAUUAGUAGACCUGUGUACUCAUGGUCUCCCUUGACUUCCUGGACUUUGAAAUAGGUGAACAAUAAAUGGGGAACUUUGCAAAUGGUGAGGCUCUCCAUUGAGAAACAUAUCAGGCAAAAACGUUGGUGUCACUUUGCUGUAGUACUGUGGAUAGAUGCAAAACCUUGAAGGACAACUGGCACAUUAUACAGUCAAUGUGGUUUAGAUUAUUACACGUGCAUAUCUUAGAGAAGAGAAGGAAACAGGCAAUAACCUUGGGCGUGGUCAGUACACCUCUAAUACAUCAUCACUGCACCUGCAACACUCAGUGAUCUCACCAAAUUCAAAGCUGUACAGUUACACAACCAAGCACUGGGUGAUGACCUGUAAAAGUGCAGGAUUUCAUCUCUUUGGUCGCACAUGCCGAGUUCAAUCAGUGCAACCGAAUAGCUCAGGUUCCUCUAAUAUAUUUGCUGGAUUAGAAAGUGAUAAAUGGGACACAAGUUUGCCCUUGGUGAACAGGGCUUCAAGGUCACUGUCUGUUGGCUCAUGUUUUUGUUUCUUGUUUCUCUCCAUCUUUCCCUCCAUCAGAGCCUGCAAGGAUCACUCUGUCUGCACCUUCACCGGACCCUCCGUUGUUGACACCAGCGGAAAAGUCGGCACUAUCAAGGAUCUGUGUGAUUACCGUCUGCUGUCGUCAACUUUACUGGCCGAUUUUUCAGUGGAGGCAGAGUACAAGGAUCGGCGUCGCAAAGAUGUGAGCUUUGUGAACACAGUGAGGAUAAAAAAAGGAUCUGCAACAUACAAGAUGGAGCAAGGUGGGGUCUUCAAGGUGAGCGUCCUCCAGCUGAGUGACUUCUUUUCUGCUGGUUUUACUCAGUUAACUGAGUGGGGUAGGGUGAAUGAAGUUGCAUCCAUCUCUUUCAGUUUCUAUGAACUCUGUGGAAAACAGCCCUUGUUAGUGUGUGAGGUUUGAUGGAGAGUUUUCUCAAAUUUUCCUGCAGGAUAAAGACGGGGAGGUCACCCUGACGUCUACAAGUAAGACGGUUGGAGACUUGAGUGUCAGUAAGGAUGACAAAGGACUUACAGCCAGCUACACCUCAAAGGGUGUCAUUAUCAUCAUCAUCUUUGAUGGCUACACCGUCCUGAUCACUAUCACAGGUACAGGCAGAAUUAUGGGACUAAAGAGGUGGAGUGUUUAUUUGGCAGAGAAAAGGAGACCUCAAACAUCAUAAAUACAGUAUUUUACUGAUCUGAUUUACAUUCUGUCUCAACCUGUCCAGCAACCGCUAAAACGGUCGUAGGGUUGAAGGAUUUAUGUGCCAAAGCAGAUUCAGCUACCUCCAAGCUUGUCAAAGGCAGGUGAGAGUCCAACCAUGAUCCCCAUGCUCCUCUGAACCGUCCUCCUGAUUAGUCUAAGAGUUGAUAUGCAAAUAAAGGAUCCACAGAACAGUCCUAAACUCAUGUUAUUUGUCGCCCCCUAGCUGUGCAACCCCACACAAAGACGACUCUACGGUUCCUCCGAUUGACUGCAAAGCGGCAAAGCUGAGGUAAGAUCUCAGAUUGUCUUCCUGUUCUGGUCCAGGUUUGCUCCCAGUUUUGUAGCUUUAACCCAUUCCUGUGUCUGUCUCCUCUUUCGAACAGCUGUGGUGUCCUGACCAAAGCGCCCUUCGAUAGUUGUCACUCACACAUCGCGGCGGCGGGCUACGUAAAAGCCUGCGAGAACACUCUGUGUGCAUACCCUGCAGUUGACAACCUGCUCUGUCAUUUCCUGGAGGCCUACGCCAGUGCCUGCAGCUCGUUCACCUCCAAGAGCGUGGACGGCUGGCGUUCCAGCUCCAGUUGCCGUAAGACCAAACUAAUCAGUGUUUAGACCUGAGUUCACCAACAGAAGUGCGGUCGCACAUCUUGUCCUUCUUUUUCCUGGACAGAGACACUCGGCGUUAGUGUGACCAUUUCCAGGUUUUGCCUUGAAAACUUGGUUCUUCCUUUUCUGUGCACAGCAGUGUGGUUUGGCUCUAACAUGUCUUUUGUUCUGCCUCUCUCAGCUGCCACCCCGAAGGCUCUCUGUCACGGUAUAUCCUGUGCUUCUGAGGAGUUUUGUGGUGAGAAGGAGCAUACAGGAGGCUGGGACUGCUUCUGUCGGCCCAUUUACACAGCAAAGUACAGGAAGUCCAAAACUUUGGGUAAGACGGCAGUUUCUCAACAAAGUUGGACUUGUUCAGUCAGAAUGUUUCUAUCCUUGUGUUUCUUUCUAUGAUGUUCUCUGAUGUUUAGUCCCAUUCAGCCUCUGAAACUCUGUAACUAGUGUUACAUCUAUUAACUGUAUUCAUAUCCGUUAUUCAGGGAACGCCACUCAGUGCAAAGACAACGUCGCUUCAGCCAGUUUGAUCAACUGUCUCCUGAGAGAAAAAGGCAUCGACUACUCCACCUUACACCUCAUAGAUACCACGUGCAAGGGUACACUGGUUGACGGCUUGUUGAACUUUGAGUUCAGCAGCGCUAAGAUGUGUGGGGCUGAAGUCACGGUGAGUUUGUCAAUUAUCUAAAUAAUACAUUUGAGCCAAUUUGCAAAAGCAUGAUUGUCGACUUCAAUGUGGUAAAGUUGAUGUUAUUCAGCUCUACAUUUAUUUGGUCACCUGUACUCCUCUGCCCUCUGUAAGUAUCUGAGACAGGAUAGGAUGUGCAGAUAUAAAUGUGACCCCUCAUUUAUUUUGGCCCCGGGGUCUCAUCGUGACGAGACAGACAGGUGAUGAGCUCACCUGGUCAGAAAAAGUCCCACAUUCCUUCAGACCUGUGCAGACCAUAACUCCAGAAUACCAAACAUUAUGGGUAACCAUGCCGGGAACUUACAAACCAUAUUUUGGUGUUCUCAUGAAAACUUGAGAAACCUUUAAAAAGCAAACAGAUCAACACCAACUAGACUGGUCCUGUUCACAGCCGAACCGCUGCCUGUGCCCUGCACAGGUUCUCCUGCUGUUACGCAUGUGUCACAUUUGACUUCCCUUUUCAACAGUUAAGAGUCACGAAUAAAAAUUUGCAUUUUUACGAUAUCUGAUUCUCUGUGAUCCUGCAGGAUGGAGCAAAUGAAGUGGUCUACAAGAACUCCAUUAAAUCUGCCACGGCCACCGGAGAUAUCAUCCGUCAAGAUGAAGUGAACAUCGAUUUCUCCUGCAACCACCAGCAACCGGCAAUCAAGACCGUGUCCUUCAAAAUCAAGAGCAGGUGAGGGGACGCAGGUGUCAGAUACAAACAUUUUUGAGAAGAACUUGUUGAUUGAAACUUUGUGACUUUACAACAAUGGCAGUCUUUAGUGACAGACGUCAUACCUCUGCCUGUACCAGCGUACCAAAGUGAAGCCAAAACACCCCUUAUACAGAGGUCCACAAAACUGGUUCUUCUGUGGGUUUGAAACGAACCCUCACAGUUUCCCUACGUUCAGUGACUGUUGUGUUUGUGUUCCUACCCUGAGAGCCCAGUGCACACAGCACUGCAGGAGCCUCAUUGGUUAACAGAGCUGUCAAUCACAGUCCUUACCUAGUAACUGAUUCAAACUGAACUCAUCAGAAGCAAUAACACUUGGAUAUAAAUUACCAUAAUAAGAACUAACUGUAAUGACAGAGAGCAUGUCUGAGGAACAGCUUUUUGAGCUAGAUUUGGAUUUGAUAUUUUAACUCAAGUCUCAUCUGUUCACAUGGAGGAGGUGGGCUUUAUGGGCGGUACUGCAACCAGUGAGCAGAGAAAGCUCUCAGUGUUUUAGCUUCACUUUUUGCAGUAACUGGAAUGUGUGUGUGUGUGUGUGUGUGUGUGUGUGUGUGUGUGCUCUCUGCAGCUCCAUCGUCACGCCGAUCGUUUCUGGAUCUUGGAAAUAUGAACUGACCAUGAAGGCAUUUGCCGAUGCCGCCCUCUCUGCGCCCGCUACUUCGGUUCAACUCAACAGUAGGAUCUGGGUGGAGCUGAAGACCACAGGACUGGAUGAGAAGCUGGUUGCCAUGGUAAUUGACUCCUGCUGGGCCACCAAAGAGAAAAACCCAGAGAGUACACUAAAAUACUACCUCAUCUCCAAAAGGUGAGGCAGACGCAGCGGUGCCUGCUGCUGCAGCUCAGAAUGAAACAGAAAAGUGUUUUGGUAUCUCUGAUCUGGUGUGUUUACUUCUGUCUGUGAGCAGCUGCGCUAACCCCAAAGACGCCACCAUCAAGAUAGAGGGAAACGGCGUGGGAACGUCCAACUCCUUCUCCUUCAACACCUUCCAGUUCACCAAGAGUGCCGGUGACGUCUACCUGCACUGCAGAGUCAAGCUGUGCGGCUUAAAGAAGGGCAAGACCUGCGCCCCGGUACACACACACACACACACACACACACACACACACACUUUAAAGAAUAAGUGACCCGGUUUGACCCGGUUUACUGUUCAGCUUAUCUUUGAUGUUUAAUGACUGUCUGUCCAACUGGAGGAAACCAGCCUCACUGGUUUCUGCCCCCUCCUGCUCCUCUCCCUGCUCACCUCUCUCUUUCGUCUUCUCUCCUCUAUCCCCCCUCCUCCUGCUCCUCUCUCCUCGUGCUACUCUCCUUCUCCUGCUCCUCUUCCUGCUCUCCUCCUCUCUUCUCCCUGCCCUCCUCCUCUCUCCUCCUCCUAGUUCUCUUCCUGCUCUCCUCUAUCCCUCCUCCUCCUGCUCCUCCUCCCUGCUGUCCUCCUCUUUGCUCCUCCUGCUCCUCUCUCCCUACCCUGUUCCUUUCUCCCUCUCCUGCUCCCCUCCCUGCUCUCCUCUUUCUGCUCCUUUCUCUGCUCUUCUCCUCCUGCUCUCCUCUUCCUGCUUCUCUCCUCUCCUCUCCUCCUGCUCCUCUCUCUUGCUCCUCUCUCCUACACGGUGUCCCUUUACCAUUGCAGUUUUCCAACGUCCUCUUCCUCCGUCUUUAGGACUGUAAGAAGAGUGGCCGAAGACGCCGAUCUGUCCGCUACCUGCGUGAUGAUGGACCCCCAGCACUGAUCACCAUGGCCUGGACCAGUUAG